UUGUGAGGAGCGUUCGGCGGACACACAUCGCAACUAAUCGAGCUCUGGCCAGCUCGUCCCAACGGGCCUAAACGGUUCCGCCAAGCGCUAAAGCCCAGCAACAAAGGCCAAAAGAACAAAAAAGUUUUGAAAACAAAAUCAGCUCGCGUUUUAAAAACGGAAAAAGUUUGUGUUUACUUCAAGUCAAGCGUGCGCGUUGGUUUUCGCUUUUUGUGAUUAUCCAAAUAGACAAAACAAUUUGAACAUCGCUCGCCGUUGACUGUUUUCAUUUUUAUUGGCCACGGCGUGUGCGGACAGAGCCAUUGAACUUUGAAAUACAAAAAGUAUUUGGAAAAUACAUAAACAACAAUACAUAUUUUAUAUAUUUGUUUGCGGUGCGUCGCAGAAAAACGCUUGUUUCUACGCUGCAAGAAUUGUUUAAAUUUAAAUUUCUGCUUUGCUGGUUCUUUCGUAAACAAAUUAGUGGUCUGAGUUUCCCCAUUUUCCCAGACCCGAGCACAAAGAGACUAAGCCAAAGCAGCAAAUGUGACUAUUUACAAUAAAUUGUGAUACCAAAACACAUGUGAACUCCGCUGGCAGUUGGCCUUGACUCAUCUCCUCAGCGCUCGAGGAACAUCGUCACAAGCAUCCAUAGUACAAAAAACCCUAACCAGCCAGCACUCAACUCACUCAGUUCCAGUGCAACACUCACCUCAACAUGGAUUUCGAUCAGAUUCUGGCCAAAUGUGGCGACUUUAAUCGCUACCAAUUCAUGAUACUCGCCCUCUUUGGGUUUAUAAAUAUCAUCGUAUCGAUGCAUUACUUUACACAGACAGUCAUUAGUUUCGUGCCAGAUCAUUGGUGCUAUCAUGAUAAGCUAGUGAAUAUGACCUACAAGGAGAUCGGAGAGAUCUACGCUCAGUUCGAGAAUCCCUCGUGCACCCGACUGGAGGACAUCAACGGGCACAACGUUACGGUCAGCAAAUUGGCCUGCGAGCGUUGGAUCUACAACUAUGACUUUGGCUACAGAAGCAUGAACACAGAGCUGAACUGGGUUUGUGACUCGGCGUACAAGGCGCGCAUUGGCCAAAGUCUGUUUUUUAUCGGCUCUGUGGUGGGCACCCUCUUCUACGGCCUGCUCUCCGAUAAGAUCGGCCGCGUCCCCGCCCUCAUCCUGUCCAACUUCUGCGGCUUUGCUGGCGACUUUUCCACCAUAUUUACCAAGAGCGUGGCCACAUUCACCCUCUGCCGCUUUAUUUCCGGCCUUGCCGCCGACACAAACUUCUAUCUGAUGUACAUUAUAGUGCUUGAAUAUAUUCGGCCCAGCAUGAGAACCCUGGGCCUCAACAUGGCCGUAGGCUUGUUCUACUGCCUGGGUCUAGUGUUCACACCCUGGCUGGCGGUGCUGGCCGGGCACUGGCAGAUCUAUCUGGCCUGCACCUCGCUGCCCAUCCUUCUGGUGGUGCUCUACUACUUUGUGGUGCAGGAGAGCGCACAGUGGCUGGUCACACGAAACGACAUUGACGGGGCCAUUGUGCGGCUUAAGCGGGUGGCCAAGUUCAAUGGCUGCCGGGUGACGCAGGCGGAUUUCGACGAGUUCCGGCGCCACUGCCAGAUGACCCGAGAGAUGCAGGGCGGCGAUGACAAGAAGCAUGCCACGCUCUUGGACAUGUUCAGGACGCCGCGUAUGCGCAAGAACACCCUCAUUUUGUUCUUUAAGAGCAUGGUAAUCACUCUGUGCUAUGAUGCCGUCUCCCGAAAUGUGGAGGGCAUGGGCAUUUCGCCCUUUAUCAUGUUCUCGCUCAGCGCUUUGGCCGUGCUGCCCUCGAGUAUCCUGCUGGUCCUGCUGCAGGAUCGCAUCGGACGCAAGGGAAUGGCCUCAGGAUCGUUGCUGGUCGGUGGACUCUUCACCGCCGCCGCCGGCAUUGCCAUUGCUUACCAGCAGCACAACCACAACGCCAUCUUACUGGCCUGCCUCACAAUCGCCGCCAGGUUCGGAGUGGCCAUCUCCUAUGAGUCGGGAUCACAGUACGCCACCGAGCUGAUUCCCACCUGCGUGCGAGGCCAAGGAGUGGCCGCUGUUCACGUGGCCGGAUUCGCGGCAUCCUUCCUAGCGCCCUACAUUCUCUGGCUGGGCACCUUCUUCAAGGCGGCACCCUCGAUCAUCCUGGGCGUGCUCUUCUUCGCUGGCUCCUUUGUGUGCCUGCUGCUGCCAGAGACGCUCAACAGGAGUCUGCCCACAACCAUCGAGGAGGGCGAGGUGUUCGGCAAGGGAGAGCGCAUGUUCGACUUCCCGUGUCUGCACAACCGUCACGACGACGAGGAGUCCGACUCGGAGCUGGAGAAGUACAAGCGCAAGCACUCGCUGAUCGACGCCAAGCAGAUGGAGUCCUCCUCGAACGGAAAGCGCAAGCAGUCCCUGAUCGACGCCGAUCGCGAGGAGCAGGCCCUAAAGGACGCCAAGCACUGAGGGGGCAGAUCAGUAGAUCUUAGUUUAGCUAACCAAUUUUUGCCUAGACCUUAAGACCCAAAGCCCCAAGAGAUCCUCGCCGGACCAAACCCCAGGAUACUGUGGCCAGCAGGAGGCCCUAAAAUGUGCUCAGUAUGCGGAAGCCUUUUCUUAUUUGUGUAGUGAACCCGAUUAUAUAACUUUAUAUAUACUUAUAUAUUAUACCUUCUCUAGCUGGUAAUGACCUAGGGAGUAGCUGUACAUUUAACUCUGUCGAAACUGAUUGUUUUUCCAAAUCGCUGAUUGUGUAUAAGAUGGAAUCGUAUAGUUAACACUUAAGCGGCACAAAGAUCACUUAACUAAACCAAUUGAAUACGUAACGUAAGAGUUUUUCAUACACUAUAUAUACUGUACAUAAGUGCGAUACUACUUAGGCCAGUAACUGAAUGUUCUAUUUUUGAUUUCUUUAAGCAAAUGAGAACCAUUAAGAAAACUGAUAAUAAUUAAUUAAAUUUAGAAAACAAAAAAUGUGAAAUAUACAAAUCAAAUUCAAUUUCAUUGUGUUGAAGAUCCUUUUUUAUACAUCGGAUAUUUCUAUAUGUUUAAAAUCAACGAUGGACACAAGAUAUAACGGAAACAGCUACUGCAAUCCUCUUAAACGACGCUUAACUUUAUUUUCUGAAUUGUUUUUUAAGCUUUUUGCUUUAUUUACUCAGUUUUGCUAAUAGUAAUUAUAUUAUGAGACUUUAA